AUGGCCUGGCACCUGUUGUUCCUGAUCCUGGUGAUGGCCGAUGCCCACGCAUCCUGCGACCCAGAGCCGGCUGAAGAUGCCUUUGUGCAGCUAACGCCGGGUCACGGUCGCUCCAGCAGGGCCAGGGCCGAGCCUUCGACUCCACAGUCCCAGCUUCAGAACGCCUUCCAGAAUGCCAAGCUUUGCCUCUUGAUCCAGUACCCCAAAGGCGGUCCCUAUCCUAUGCCCCCUUGCAACUUUGAGCCAGUCGACUGUGCUGACCCAGCCAUCGCUUUGUGCUGCUAUCAAUGCCUUCCAACUGUGCAUGGCUGUGAUGGUCCAGAGCUUGCUCCACCCUGCCAGGCACGAAACGCCGCCUGCGAGAUGGCUCUCUUUAUGGUGGACGACGCGAACCCUCUGGCUCAACCGCACCUUUACGUCGUGCCGGGCACGUACCCUUCCGCUGCCGUCUCAAGGCCUGAGAUGUUGGCUGUGACGGGAGGCUAUAAUCUGGACAUGUGGCAGGUAUUGCAAAAUCUCACGGCCAUUUGCUUCGGUGAUAAUUUCGAGUGGCUUCGACAUCAAAGCGAUUUCAUCAAGAAGAAGUCGGACGCCGUCGAUUUUGCCUGUUCGGACAAUGGUGCGCAGUGCGAGUUGAACCCCAACUCGACGGCAAGCACCCCGGAGGGGGAGGACGCCAUGAAGAGAAUGCAGCAGAUUUUGCGGGCAGCCAGCAUAACGGCCGGUGACUUGCUCAUACAGAUAUCGACGCGCUUUACGCCGGCAGGGAAAAUCGCAGCCACAAUCUUCCAGACAGCGUCUGGGCUUGCGCUGGAAACAACGAGUGGACUUCCCACCAAUCCCUGCACUUAUGCUGGGACAGAGUGGGGCCAAUGCGUGUGGUGGCAAGUCCGAACGUAUGUGGAAAGGUACGUCACCAGCUAUGUGAAGGAAGCGCUGAAGAAGUACAAUCAUGGGCAACUCGAAGACAGACUGGGCCAAAUCCAGACUCAGUUGAAGAGCAUCAAACAGCACUACAAGGACCAAGUUAACAGCAAAGAGUCGAUAGAAUAUGUUGUGCAGCAAAUGGAGCAACUGCGCAACAAGAUGGUGGGAGAUGGGACGUGGUUUUUGGACAGCGAGCUUCUGGUCCAGUUCUUCACCAUCGACGUGACUCGGCAGUUCUUGAACAGCUCUCUGAAGCGUGGCACCUACUUCAUGCAGAAUCGGAUGUCGGAGCUCAAGGCCAUCAAGGUCAAUCGCACGAAAUAUUUGUUUGGUGACCAUGUCCCAUACUACUACUUCGGUCAGUUCGAUGCAAUGUGCCAGACAACAGAGAACGAUGCAUUCAAAGACAGCCCGUACAUCUGUGACCCUGCGUACGGCCACUACGACGAAGGAAUGAACAGGGCCACGGCGUGUGCGGUGCCGCGCAAGACAGCGGCUAUUUUCCUUGGCUCAACUGGCAGUGCCACCAGGAGCGACCCCUAUGCCGGCAAUGACGGGGCGAGUGUGCAAAUGCUUGCGAACUGGAUGGUUUUCAACUGGGACAACCACGACACCGAUGCCUACAAAGGACAUGACUGGGGCAUUUUCACGCCGAAAUGUAACGAGGCCAAUGGGCAGAGGGGCUACGUCGCAGUGGGAAGCGUCGGUGAGAAUUUCUUGAAAAAUUGGAAUUUUACUCCCGACGAUCCGCCGGAGCCGUCGAAUUGGCCAAACCUGAUGUGCGUGAAGGAGGAGUACACGGAGACGGUCUCUAUGGACAAAGGGAGCUGGACUUGGGGUAUCCGCAAAGGUUAUUCCGCGUAUUCGGGCAUCGCCUGGGUCGGCAAGCCCUACAACACUGCCGACGGAGUACUUGUCAACGGGCCAUGCCAUGCAAAAGCCGGCUGGGAUGCAAGUGACUGGGAGCCGUACCAGGUCCACCAACUGAAAGAGUCGCUCGUGAAGUGGCUGGGCUCUUGUUAA